GGAACAGGAAAGACAGGAGAGAGAGCGCCAAGAGAAAGAGAGAGCAGAAAGAGUGAAGAGAGAGCAGGAAAGAAUGGAAGCAGAACUAUCAAGACGCAAGGAGGAAGAGCGAAAGCAGUGGGAAAAGCAGGAGAGAGAAAGAGCGGAAAGAUUGAAAAAAGAACAGGAAAGACUUGAAGCUGAACGCCUGCAGAGGGAGGAGGAAGAGCGGCUGGAGGAAGAGCGACAGGAGCGGGAACAGCAGGAGCUACUGGAGAGGGUCCGCAGAGAGCUGGAGGACAGGGAAGAGCAGGAGAGACUUGAGAGAGAACAACAGCUCAGAGCUGAGACCCCCAAACUGUCAUCGGAUAUUACCGACUCAGACCAGGACAGAUCUCAAAGGUUGAAAGAGAGGCGAGAAAAAGCGGAACGCGAACUGGAGGAGGCGAGACGGAAGCAGCACUCUGUGACAGGCGUCACUUCCCGCGGUGCCACCAUCAGUGACGAUGACAACUCAAGUCUGGAUGACAGUGAACUGUUAGCUUCUCCCCGUGGAAAUGGAAAAGUAAAUGGCUUUGUCUCGGCUACCAGACCAGUAGGAGUCAAUUCUACGAAACCUUUCAGCAUGAAUGAGGAUGAGGACGAUGGUUUGUCGUACUCCAGUACUGAUAACAGUGAGGUGAUGAACGGCACGUACAGCAUGUCUCCCUAUCUCAAGGAAUCACUGCUCAAUACCUCCAAUCUCAAUGACUCCAACCUGACCAGACUGCAGGAGCAGCUCCGUGAACAGAGCAGGAGGCUGGACAAGGAACACGGGAUCAGGAUGAGACUAGAGAACAAGAAGAAGGCAUGGGAGAAGGAAAAAGCUGAACUCAACAAGCGUAUAUCAGAGCUGUCUCAGGCCAAGUCUUCCCUGGAACAGAUCAAAUUGGAGUUGGAGGCCAGGCUCAGGACCAAUGAAUAUGGUUUGAAUGAAGAAGUAGAAAAGAGGAAAAAUGCUGAGGUCCUUUUUAAUAAGAUCAAAGAACAGCUUGCAAGGAAGGACAGCCAGUACACAAAAGAAAUAGAAGCCAAGCAGAAGGUAGAACUCUCCAUGAGGAACCUGCAGAUGGAAAACAGGAUUGCUAGUUCUAAUAUCAAACAGCUUGAAGAAGAGCGGGAUGAGCUGCAGCGACAGUUGAAGCAGGAGAAGAACGCCCGUGCUAUGGCAGAACAGUUAAGUGAGGAACAGAGUAGGCUACAGCAGGCCAUGCAGGAGGAGACAUCCAAGUCCACUACACAGAAGGAGCAAGAGCUGGCGGAGGUUGUGAGUAAGUUUGAGACAGCAGACGAGGGCAGACGGCAGGCACUGGAGAAUAUCGAGAAGCUGAAGACAGAGCUGUACAGAGUCACCCUGGAGCUGGACAUGCUGAAGAAGAAGUACCGAGAUGAGCAAACUCUUCUCACCACAGAGAAUGAGGAACUCCAGCAGAAAGUGGAUGAAGCAAAAAAUGAAGUGAAACUAAAUGAAGAAGCACUGACCCAUGCCUCUAUGCAAUACAAUGUACAGAUAGGCCACUGCAAGGCUGAAAUGUCACUUUUGUCUUCCAACUUAGAGAAAGAGAAGUCCAGCAGAGAAAAACUGGAGACAGAGCUGGAGUCCAUGAAGAGCCUGUUGACUGCUGCCAACUUGGAGCUAGAGAAAACAAGACUGGCCAGGAAUGAACUGGAAAAGUCAUAUCAGAAAGACAAGGAAGACUGGGACAAGACAAUAGAAAAGAAAGAAGCAGAAGUACAGAGUUUUAAAGAAUCAAAUCAAAGUCUUUCACAACGCUAUGGUGCUGCAGAAGCCAAAUACACUGCCAUUGAAAGUGAACUCAGAGCUGCCAAUACCUCUCUGCUGGAGAGGAGCAAUCAAAUUGCCAGCCUCCAGAGAGAUCUGGACCAGAAGAAGACAGCCUAUGAGCACCUGGACCAGCAGAUCAGGAAGGAGAAGGAGCUUAAUGCCAAAGUACAGGCCAAACUGGAGGCUGCCCAGGAGAGGGUGACUGGCCUGCAACAUGAGAUGCAGACAUUAAGGCAACAGUUUGAUGAUGCCAGGAGCAAGGACUCCAUUAAAGAAAGAGCAGCCCUGGAUACACAGGACAAGUUCUCCUUCAUGUUGUCUUCUCUCAGGAAUGACCAUGAUAAGUCAAGAGGUGCCCUUGAGGAGAAGAACAGUUCCCUCAAUGAAACAGUCAGCCGUCUGCGGGAAGAGGUACGAGCCUCGGACAGUCGCAGGAUUCUGCUGGAGCAGGAAAUGAGGCACUUGCAGCAGGAAAUGACCGAGACAUCCAAGAAAUUGACCACCACUGAGGCCAACUUAGAGGUCACUGUGAAGAUCAAGGAGCAUGCUGAAGCAGAGAAAACUCGCCUGGGUUUGGAGAUUGAAAAGCUGCGUCACCGCCUUGAGAGCAGCCAGGAGAAAGAGGCUGAGUCUAAAGCAAAGAUUUCAGAGCUGACAGACAGGCUGGAACAAGUAGAGCAGAGUUCCAUGCUGACCACCCAGCAGCUGGCAAACACUUCUGCCAAUGCUGAGGCUGUCAAUAGAACAAAGCUCAUCUCUCACACUGGACACAGAUAUCAGGACGACCUAGAAGAUGCUGUCCACAGACUGGAACUAGAGAAAGCUCGCCUGGAAGCCUCUCUCACCACAGAGACACAGAAAGUGGAAACUUUACAAAGGGAAAUGGAGGAUUCUAACAGGGUUCGUCAUAGUAUGGAAGCCCUUUUAUCUAACCUCAAAACAACAAAUGCUCAAUUGGAAGAAAAAGUCACUCAAGAGGCAGCAUCUCGUAGUAUUCUUGCCAGAGAGGCAGAGGAUUCCAGAGACAUGUGGGAGUCGGAGGUCAAGUCAAGGUCAAAGCUGGGAUUGAGGCUUGCUCAGUUAGAGAGGGCCAAACAAGAGGCUCAGGCUGUAGUUGAUGAGGAGAAAAGAAAAGCCAGAAAAGCUGUUGAGAUGAAGAAAGUUGCUGAGACAAAGCUAGAUUCUGAAAGUGAAAGGCGAUUGAAUUUAGAAAAGGAGGUGGCUAACUUAAAAACUCACUUAAAGACAGCCAAGAAGAGAUUAAAGGAUCUUGAGGGAAGUGAAUCUCGUAUUUCAUCUCUGCACUCAGAGUUUGAUCGUGAGCGCCUGGCCAUGGAGGGCACCAUGCAGACUUUGAGGAGACAGUUGGAUGAGCUCCAGAGUCAAUUAAAUGAAGAAAUAGAGCAAAAAGAUAGAUAUGAGGCAAAAACCAGGCAGCUUCAGCAGGAGCUCAAUGCCCUGAAAACCCUGGAAAAAAGUUUUGCCAAGCUCGAGCGCACCAAGCAUAAGAUGGAGACAGACUUUAAUUCAUACAAGAACCAUGUGAACCAGCACUACGUGGACCGCGGUGAGCUGCAGCGUGCACAGCAGGACAACGAGAUGAAGCUGCGCCAGGAGCUGAACACCAAGCUGGAGGAGGUGAACAGUUACCUGGAGGACCAGGCGCGCGCCAGAGAGAGGCUGGACACCAUGAGGAAUAACAACGAGUCCCAGAUUAGGAACGAGUAUGAGAAAACCAAGAAAGAACUCAUGGAUGAGUUGUCCAAGCUGCGGGCAGGCUACCACCAGACCAUGGCCCAGAAGGAGACCAAGGACUUGGAGCUGCAGAAGUAUAAGGAGUUGUAUGAAAAUGAAGUACGGCUUCGAGAGAGAGUGGCCACCAGGUUGCAGAAAGCCACGGAUACUGCUGCUAAUACCAAGGCGCAGCUUUCUCUUGAGCGUCAGAAGACCUUGCUGCUGGGUGCCAGUCCCCCCUUGGCACGCAAGGACAACCAGUGGGUCUCCCCCCUGGGUGGUGUGAAGACAACCCCUGUACACGGGGUCAAUGACUCUCUCAGUUACAAGAUCAAAAACCAACUGGACAAAAGCAUUGCCAAACAUUUGGAGUCUGCUGGUGCCAGCUCCAGCCCCGUCCUGCCACCAGAUGACAGCAUGAUCAACUCCUCUUUUGGCAAGUCCACCAGCGAUUACAUGGCCACACUCAGAAGAAACUAUUUCGUAUGAUAGCAUUUUUUCACAGAAUUCAGGUCUUGGUUUUUACCUGGCAGCAUAAUUUUGACUCUAGUCUUUCUUCUCUUGAAUUUUGAGUUUUGGCAAAUUGAAAAAUUUUUAUUUUGUCAAUACAAUACUUAUACAAGGUCAAUGGAAGGUCAACACAAGGUCAACUUUAAGACCAAUUUAAGGUCACGCAUGUAUCAACACAGAAUAACUCAUAAUGUUGAUAUUUUGAACAGUAUUCACUGCAGUUUUUAAUCUUGUAUCAGAAGUACUUCAUAGCACAAUUAUUCUGUUGUUAUUGUUUUUUAAAUAUAUUUAUGAUUUCAUAUGUAAAAGGUUCUUACAUAUUGCCAUUUUUUUGUGACCAAUUUUACAAGAAUGUUCCCAUUUUAAGUAUAGAAAUGUAGAAGUGUCAUUAAAGGCCAUGUCGCCAUAUGUUAAAGAAAGUGCAUGGGGCACUGGAUAUACAAAUUUUAUACACGUUUUGGUUGUGAGAAGAUCCCUCCAUAUUAUCAAGUGCUAACUGCAUGCUGAUAUCAACAAUUAUAUUGUUCAUAUUUAAUUGAUUCAUAGUUGAUAUGAAGAAAUUUAAAUUUCAUUCUUCACAUUACAAAUUUUCAUGUUCCUGCGCUCACUUUAUUAGUUGACCUAACUAAGAGGUUGACUUGACUGGGAGCAAACUUCAAAUAUUAGAUGUUCUGCUUUUUUUUUCUUGUAUGAAACUGAACGUUGCUAUCUCCUCAUCUGUGAUAUAGUACAUAUUAUUGCAAGGCUCAUUUCUUUUAUUUAUAGUGUUCAAAGUUAUACAAAAUGCAGAUAUUUUCAUAGAUGCACUCUUUACAUGAAGGAAUAUGUCUGUAUAGUUUGAGGUUUGUUUUAUGGCUGUACGUAAGUGUCUCUCUUUAUAGUAGGAUUAACAUUUCACACAUAAGCAAUGGUAGUACUUUGGUCAUUUGGCUUAUAAACUAGUCCGGUACCGUUAGUUAUUUAACAAUGCACUAGCUUAACAACAAACCAAAGAUAUCCUCAUCAUAAGCAAUACAUACUGUAUACCCAUUGAGAACAAUUCACUCUAGUCUUGUAAAUGCAAUUUCACUUCUAAUCAAAAUGCUCCUUUAUGGAAUUAGCUUGUUGUCCUACGUGAUAUUAUAUCAUUUAGAAUUUUAACAUGGCCACGAAGGUAAAUGAAGAAGUUACCACAUUUGCAUAUCUGAAGAGGUGACUAUGUUAUUUACUGCUGUAUUGUUGAUAAUCCGUCCUUUCAUUGAAAUACUCACUUUUUAGACAAGUCAUGGUAUGUUAACAAAUGGCUGAGAUUUACCUGGAGUUUCGUAUCCAGUCAACAUUUUUAAUGCUUAGAAGAGCAAAAUUCAUUAAUAAAUAUAAUUUACUCUACAAUU